ACAUCUUCAUGGCGUCUUAUAAGCAGAACUUACCGCCUUCGGCGUUAAUUAAACAGCAAGUCAAUGUAGCAGAUAAGAAAUCCAAAGCUGAAGUUCAGCGCGAUCGUCAACUGGAAGAAGAUCGAAAAGCUGGAACUGCUCCUGCAAUGGUUGAUGUGCAGACUGGUCGUGAUAUCAAUCCACAUAUUCCCAUGUUCAUCUCACAAAAUCCGUGGUACGUACCUAGUGAAGGACCCACUUUGAAGCAUCAGAGACCGCAUGAAGAAAGGGAGAAAAAGAUGACUCAAAUUCACGAGUGGUACCAAAAAGGAACAACGGGAAAAUCGGCAACCAAGUUUCGUAAAGGGGCUUGUGAAAACUGUGGAGCAAUGGGUCAUCAGAAAAGAGAUUGUUUCGACCGACCUAGAAAAUCUAACGCAAAGGAAACCAAUGAUAAUAUCGCGGAAGAUGACUACGUACAGCCGAAUCUAACACUUGGAUUUGAUGCAAAAAGAGAUCGUUGGAAUGGAUACGAUCCAUCUACUCAUAAACAAGUAAUUGAAGACUAUGAGCAUCUUGAAGAAGCUAGAAAAGUGGUCAGAGAGCAUGAAAUGAAAGAGGGAGAAGUUGAACCAGCUACAACGGAGGAUGGAGCUCCAAAAGAUGAGGAUAUGUAUGCAGAAGAUGCGGAUAUGGCUGGAGUUUCGGUGGAUAUGGAUUCCCGUACUAGAAUCACAGUGAGAAACCUACGAAUUCGAGAAGAUACAGCCAAGUAUCUGUACAAUUUGGCGGAAAAUUCCCCAUAUUACGAUCCAAAAUCUCGUUCUAUGCGCGAAAAUCCAUUUGCUGGUGUUGCUGGAAAAGAAUUAGAAGCAGCUCGUUUUUCUGGAGAUAAUUUUGUUCGAUAUUCUGGUGAAGUAACAGCAGCAAACGAAGCCCAAGUUUUUGCAUGGCAAGCCACUCGUGGUGGAGUAUAUGCUCACUCGAUUGCUGAACCUACAAAGUUAGAAGCACUGAAAAAAGAGUAUGAGAAGGAAAAAUCAACUCUGAAAAACGAAACACAGAAAGAGUUAUUAGACAAAUACGGAGGAGGUGAGCACAUGGAAAGGCCUGCGGAUGAGUUGCUACUGGCACAAACUGAGAGUUAUAUCGAAUACAAUCGGAAAGGAAAAGUUAUCAAGGGAAAGGAAAAAGUAGCAAUUAGCUCUCGCUUCAAAGAAGAUAUAUAUCCCCAAAAUCAUACAUCAGUGUUCGGAAGUUUCUGGAGAGAGGGUCGGUGGGGAUAUAAGUGCUGUCAUCAAUUCGUCAAGAACUCAUAUUGUACGGGAAAGCAGGGAAUUGAAGCUGAAACGAGCGCAGCAAAAGGUACAACGACCUCAAACGAAGAAAUUUUCAAAGUUCCGAAGUUAGUAGAGAAGACUGAAGUUAAAGAAGAAAAAGAGAAGGAAGAUUCCAUCAAGGAUGAAGUAGCAGAAGAAAACAGUGAUAAUGAUAAUGACGAAGAAAAGGAAAAAGUAUCAGAGAAGUCCAUAUCACCAUCACCACCAAGUGACGAUGAAGAAAAAGAAAAAGAACGCGAGAAGGAAAGGUUAAUUGAAAAAGAACGAAGAGAACGGGACCAGCGGCGUCGUGAUAAAAAACGUGAAAAGCGUGAACGCAAGAAGGCAAAGCUGGGGAAAAGAAAGAGGCGUCAUCGCGAUUCGGACGAUGAAAGCGAUCCUUCGUCGGGAAGUGGUUCAGAAUCUGAUUCUGAUGAAGAAAUGCGUAAAGCUAUGAAGAAGGCGAAACGGGAAAAGGCCGAAGGAAUGAAAGCUGCAAGAGAGGGUGAUCGCGGCCGUAAAUACAACACUGACUACUCCAACACUGCACCGAACGAAAAAGAAAUGGAGGCUUAUCGUGUGACAAGUGUUCAUUCUGCUGAUCCGAUGGCAGCCUACAUGAAUUCCAAAUUUGAGAAGAAACACACCAAGUAAUUAUUUGAAGUCGUCUCCGUAGUUUUUUCUCUUUAUUGUUGUUUGUUGAAACAUUUGUAUUCAGUCUAUUCAAUAAAUUAUUCAAUUCAUGA